AUGACCACUCCCAGCGAGAAUGCUCCUGCUCGGAAAUGCGGUUGCAACAAGUGUCGUCCUCCGAAGAAGCCAGUAAGGUAUAGGUUCAAUUUCAUGAAGCAUAUGAACGUUCGCCAGGGAAACUACGAGACCAUCACCUCAAUGCCCUACCUGGCGGACAAAUACGGCGAGAAACGUGCAGAAAACAUCGCUCGGUUUGUGAAAUGCAUUCACAAGCAGAUCAAUAGCGGUGUUAACAGAAUCUCGGAUUUGCAAGUCCACAGCUUGCUUCCCUGGACAAGAGUAAGGCUUUUCUUGCUUCUGGUAACACUUUCACAAAAAGGCGGGUCCGAUUACUGGAUCCAGUCGGAGGGAGAACCGAGAGAUUUGUCUUCGAAAUCCAAGACCAAGGAAAAAGAACCUCAGAAACAUGUUAUCGAGCCCCAACAAGAACGGCCCUACGGAACGCUUAUAGAAGAGAUAAUGCGACAAAACAUCAACGAGAAUUUCAAGGAGUCAGAACACGAUGAGAACUACGUUUUUAGCUCGAUUUGGGCCAACUUUAUGGAGGGCCUCAUCAACCAUUUUUUGGAGAAAGUUAUCAUACCGAAUAGCGAGAAAAAAGUGUGCCAACAACUUUACAAGCCAAUGAUGAAGAUAAUCUCGCUGUACAAUGAAUAUAACGAUCUUAUGGAAAAAAGCGAGCGAAACGGGUUUUUACCUGUCAAUCAAGAGCCUCCCUCGGCAUCAGACCCUACAGGCUCAGAUAGCUUAUCCGAAAACGGCAAGCUCCAAACGGCUCAGCGACUAUUAUGGCAAGCCCGCCAAGACAUUCCAAAAACCAUAAGCAAGGAGCUGACGCUACUAUCCGAAAUGUAUGCCACGCUAUCAGCAGAUGAGCAAGAUUUCGAACUCGACGAAUUUGUGUGCAGUGCAGAGGAAUAUAUUGAAUUGGAAUUUCUUCCGUCUCUAAUAGAAGUUCUUUUCGCCAAUUGUGGGUCUGCAAACUUUUGGAAGAUCAUGAUCGUUCUAGAACCGUUCUUCUAUUACAUCGAGGAAGUGGCUGAUGAGGAUAGUUCAAGUGUUCAGGAACAGCCUCAUAAACCAGAUCCUAGAGUAGUAACUCUGGAAAAGAUUUGCCAAGUAGCAGCGGAACAGGACUGGAUUUAA